UAAGGCAUACGAUAGCAAAUUAGCAAUGCUAACGUUAGCAGCCGUGGCAAUGAACGAGAAAUUGUUAUUAUAGUUCAAAAGGGCAAAUAGUCCAAGUUAUCUUGUGCGAACUGCAAAGCUGAUUCUAAAUAAGUUGCGUUGACCGUCACCAUGACAGCAAGUGGACUUUUGAAGCUGAAAUAAUGAGUGGAUUAGCUAUGCUGUUUCAAAUCAGCAAGAGAGGAAUCACAGAAAACCUGGAUAUAUUUUACCAACUUUCUUGGAAAGGAGGAUGGAUUAUAUGCAUCACGGCCAAGCACAGGGGAGAAGGCUACUAAUGUUACGUUAGGUGACGAUACAGAAAGGAUUCCAAAACUGUGUUUUUGGGGGGUUUUCAAACCUAAGAGCAACUUGGUCUUUCUCCACAGUAUAAGAUAGCAAUGUGACAAAUGGAAUCCCUCAGCUUAAUCAAUGGCUCCUCUGGGAGCAAAGACCUGGCCAUUGGUGAGGAUUCAUCUGACUUGACUCCGAACAAUCCUUUGCUCGAGCUGGGAGAUAGCACCAAACAUCUUGGUGUCCAGGUGGUUCUGAUCUUGGCUUACUCAACCAUCAUUCUGUUGGGCGUGGUGGGGAACUCUCUGGUGAUUUACGUAGUCUACAAAUUUAAGACACUUCGUACCGUCACCAACUUCUUCAUAGCAAACCUUGCCGUGGCUGAUCUGCUCGUCAACACGUUGUGUCUUCCAUUCACGCUGGCUUACACUCUACUGGGCGAAUGGAAAUUUGGACAAGUGCUUUGUUUCACACUACCGUAUGCUCAAGGUCUUGCCGUCCACGUCUCUACAGUUACAUUAUUUGUAAUCGCCCUGGAUCGACACCGAUGCAUCGUUUAUCACCUCGAUACACGAAUGUCGAAGGACACCUGCUUUCUGGUCAUUGCCAUCACCUGGGUUAUAAGUGCUAUUCUGGCUAGCCCACUGGCCAUCUUCAGGGAGUAUGAGAUUGUAGAUCUGUCUCCAGACGAAUCCAUUGAAGUCUGUCGGGAAAAGUGGCCCGGGAGUAGUACAGAUAGCGCUCUAUACUCAAUCUCCAUGCUGUUGCUGCAGUAUGUACUGCCCCUAGUGGUAAUCUCUUUUGCAUACAUUCGCAUCUGGAUUAAACUCCGCAACCAUGUAAACCCAGCUGGCCACAGUGAUAGACAUCAUCGUCGUCGCAAGACAACCAAGAUGCUAGUGACCAUGGUUGUGUUGUUUGCGGUGAGUUGGCUGCCCUUCCACGCCUUCCAGCUCGCCAUCGACAUUGUCCCAGAAGUGCUGGUCAUGAAGGACUUCAGGCUCCUCUACACAGUUUUCCAUAUUGUGGCCAUGUGCUCGACCUUCGCCAACCCUCUUCUUUAUGGCUGGAUGAACCGGAACUACCGCAGCGCAUUUGGCGCUGUCUUCCGUUGCGAGGAAAGGCUUGAUACGUUGCACGCUGAGGGCCAUGGUGCCACAACGGUUCGCAUCAAAACCAAAAAGGCUGUGGAAGCCCAAGAUAUGGUGACGCCACAUCUUAAUGCAUCAGAUGUCUGAUGUAACUUCACAAAAGUAGCUGUGUCCAAAACCGAAGGAAGCUGGCCAGUCAAGACAGUCUAUAGCUUAACAGGCACCAUUUUGGUAUAAAGGUACGACCUAAGGAAACUGGUUUGAGACAGGCUUCCAAUGCACCAUAACGUCUGGUGUUCUAGAACAAGUUCAAAUGAGCUUUAGAUAAAACCAAGCAAGUAUUAAAUGACUACAGUGCUUAUUUCUUGGUCAAAAUUGAAUCAUAAGUUGACAAAAAUAAAAUAAAAAUGCAAUUUAUGACAUUUACGCUCCAUCUUUCCAUCAGCCAAAUAUAUGCCUCCAACUUCCAAAUCACACGAACAGGUUUGUAGGACAUCAGACCAGUGGCUGUACUAGGAUGAGAUCUGUGGGGGAGCUUUUAGAUCAGAUUUGCCGUCAUACCAGGGCAGUGUCCACCCAGCACCCCCUGAGACCGGCCAUGUAUCAUACACUGAAAAAUGAAAAGUGGGUCUACUGAAAAUACUAAGCCAGUACACUUAUACUUAACUUAGAGUAAUACAUUUGUUUGAAAUGAGAAUGUUGUGCAAAGUCUAAGUGAAAUUUAACUCGAUGAAAUGUUCAGACUUCCACCAGAACGUUUUUGGAGGAAUUUAGUGAAGGGCACAUCAAAAACCUUCUAAAACCAACCAGUUGAAGGCAUAUUGGUAAACAUUUGACGCAAAUAUUGUAUUCGGAAGUGGCUUGAAGGAUUCCUAUCUGCAAUGGCAGCCUUUUUUUAGAUUUCGUAAACAGCCAAGGUGACCAAGCUAAAUUCUACAUUGCGACUAAAAGAAAAGCACAUUCGAAUUUCAACAUGUCACACUGUUAUUCAAAUUUGGAAGAUCUAUCUUCUCAUGAUCUCCAACAAUGAAGAACCUAGCCAAGAUUCAUGAGGUGACUGCAUAGGAUACAUUAAAUACACAUCCAGUAUACUGUAUAUGUGAAGUGACAACAUUUUCACCAUUUCAUGACCUUGCUGUGUGGACCUUGCUGAAAAGUCCAUC